GAGAACAAUAGAUCAUCACGGCCGACAUGUUAACAAGUUAGCAAAUCCGGUUCCGAUGUCGCGCGAUGUCCGAGACGUAUCGUCAGUGUUUUCUGAGAAAUCAAAGGGAAGAUUAGCAGAAGGAUUUCAUGGAUAAUUACUUUGACUUCACUUCAGAGGAUGAUAAGGAAAUGGCAUCUCGCAAAAUGGAGGGACAGUUUAGUAUGUCGAAUCAAGAGGGAGAGAGAAUUAGUAUACUUGACAAUUAUCAAGCAGGCGACGAUCAACCUGCCGGACCAUCUCGACCUUCCAAUAAAAGAAGAAGAUGUCAAGGAGUUACUAUCACUCCAGCACAACGACGUGAAAGAAAGAAAGAGAUCGAUAGGGCAUUCCAUCAACGACGAAAGGAACAAGAAAAUCAAAUGAAGGAGAAUUUGCAUUUUCUCAAUGAAGAGAACACGAUUCUAGUAAGGGAAAAUCAAGUUUUGAUGACCGAAAGAGACUCAAUGGAUCAAAAUUUGCAGUCAGCGGCCAUGGAGACCAUACAACUUCAAUCCGAAAUACUUGGUUUGAAUCGAGAUAUUGCCACUGGGCAACGAUUUGUGGAUUUAUAUUCGAAUCAGCUGGUUGCAACCAACGCUUCCCAUCUGGUUUUUGAACUCAGACAACAUGAGAUUGAAAAUGAUAUCUUGAGCCAAACUGACUGGGAGAACUGGGACUCAGAAAAAGAACAACUUCUGCAAAAUAUGGCGAGAUUGGAAGUUGAAAACAAGUCGCUCAAACUACAACUUGAAGCUUUAAGUGACUUCAUAAACACUAAUGAGGACGGCCAACAAGGAUAGACAGCGCAGCAUAAUCUAUGGAGUACUUAAGGAAGAGAGUGGCUGAUGAUUUAUAUAUAUAUAUAUAUAUAUGACUAAGAGGGAUUAGAAUUUCUCAUAAAUUUGUUAACUAGCACUCUUGCCCUAGUCUUGUUAAUCUCUCAAACUAAACAAAUAACGGCAUAUCAACGUCAAAAUUACUUUGUCCAGGAUAAACAAAUUGAAUUACAUAAAUUUUAAUCAAGGAAUUAAAACUGAAUAGAGAAAUAAAGGCGUCGUAUCAAAGUGUCUGAAAGCCGAGAUGGCAGAGAUUAGUGAGGAUCAAAAAUGCAUAAAGCAAGGUCGAAGACAAGUAAAAUUUGAAAAGCUGAAUUAAUCACAACUUUUGCAGCUUCAAAUGGAGAUGGAGACAUUGGAGCCAUGACCCA